AAGACCUGUCAAGACGUUAUUUUGCCGCAGAAGACAAAGUCGACCGGAGGCGGCGAUUUAACCGGACUUCCUUAUUACCACCGUUUUAUACUUGAUUUUCUGAUCGAUAUUACGCUGUUAAUACAAAGUGAAAUCUUAAGUCGAGCCAGUUUGCGCUAUAAUUGCCGUUUUUAUAACCGAGUGUGAGAGAGUGUAUUUAGCUAGCCGUGUAGCUAACCGUCGAUCUGUCAGAGCGAGCUGCGCGCGCAGCGUCCGUUAACGCAUACAUAAACAAUAAUAGCAAAACAGGUUCUAUAUUCAUUACUGUUUAGAUUAUAAAGCUGGGUAAGACAGGGUUUGAAUAGCUGUUAACAAUAUAGAUUUGAUCAUUACUAAGUAUAGUAUAAAGCUGGGUAAGUCAGGGUGUGAAUAUUUAAUAACGCUAAUGCUUUAAUGACUGCUGAUUAGUCUAUAGACCUGGCUAGGACAGGGUGUGAAUGUGUAUUAAUAGUAUAUGUUUGACAAUUACUAAGUAUAGUAUAAAGCUGGGUAAGUCAGGGUGUGAAUAUUUAUUAAUGGUAUAUAUUUGAUAAUUACAGAUAAGAGUAUAAACCUGGGUAAUACAGGGUGUGAAUAUUUAUUAAUAGUAUAUGUUUGAUCAUAACAGAUUAGAUCAGAAAGCUGGGUAAGACAGGGUGUGAAUAUUUAUUAUUAGUAUAUGUUUGAUCAUAACAGAUAAGAGUAUAAACCUGGGUAACACAGGGUGUAAAUAUUUAACAACAGCUUAGGUUUGAUAUUCACUAGUUAGUAUAUAACGCUGGAUAAAACGCUGGAUCUGGUGGGUCUCAAGUCCAGCUCGGGGUCACUGCUCACCCCGCAGAAGAAGAUGAAGAAGCGUAAGGAGCUUAAUGCGCUGAUAGGACUUGGGGACGGGAAGAGGAAGAAGCAGAAGAGUUCGGGACACCGGUUACUGCUGAGGAGCGAAGCGGGAGACACCGACACCCAAACCAGCUCCGACGGAGAGGAGGAGGAACACUUCAGCGGCCUGAGCGGAGCUGGAGUGUUUAAAAAGAGUUCGGCUCAGUGCUGCACUGUCUGCUACCCGCUGUGUGUGUUUAUCAUAUUGGUGGCGUGUCUCAUGGCUUGCGCCGGACUCAUAUGGAUGCAGAUUGCCCUCAAAGAGGAUCUGGAUUCGCUGAAGGAGAAACUGCGCACUAUGGAAUCCAGUCAGAAGGCGUCCUCUCAUGAGAUACCGAAGCUGAGCGAGGAGCUGAAGGCCAAUCAGAGGAAGCUGGAGGAGAUGGAGAGCGGAGACAAGAGUUUGAGUAAAUUAUGGGCCAAUCUCACAGAUAUCAACAGAAAGAUAAGCACACUGGACUCUGCUGUUAACCACCUGAAGGCGAACAUUAAAUCAGCGUCGGAUCUGAUUACCCUGCCGACUACAGUGGAAGAGCUCCAGAAGAGUGUUGCCACAAUUGGAAGCACACUUACUAGCGUUCAGCACGACGUAAAGAUGAUCCAGAUUUUUAUCGACGACCAGAAGAAAGGAGAGAACGAACAGAAGAGUGAAUCAGACUCAGCAGUAAUUCACGAUGACAACAAUAGGAAACUAAAUAAAGGCCCAGAGGAGGAUGGAAGUUCAGGUUCCACAACGUCUCCAAGUCCAAACAACUCUCGCAAACGACGCUUUCUUAUCGAGAACCUUUCUACGAGGGAGGAGGAACAUAUACCACAGAAGAUAACUUUGCCUGGAGUCAACUCUGCUAAAGAUCUGGAGGCGCUCCUUCACGCCAGACUCCCCCGCACCCCCGAAGCUCUGACGUACGAGGACCUGAGGAAGAUUUUCGGCGCGUCCACUCCAGACCUGCACCUUCUGGAGCCGUACGACGCCGACGGGGACGGCAGGUUCACGGCGGACGAGCUCCGCGCCGCCGCCGCUCUCUGAGUGAUUUCGCUGGAUCGAACGCGGACCAUUUUGAAACACGCGAACCCUGACGGACGGCGGAGCGGCACCCGGGCUCCACGUGAACUCCUCACACGGUGGCUUCCAUACACGCCGCACUUCCUCGUAUAUGUACAGCAGUAUCCGGAGCCUUUUAACUGGCACGCAGACUGAUCCUCAUGCCGCCAGCGAUAAAAGAGCGGAUUCUCAGCUGACCCGGUGUAAUGAAUGAAAUUGUUUGAGGAUUUUAUGACCAAGGCGUUUAGUUUUAGCUCGUUUUAGAUUUAUGUGGAUGUAUUAGGAACGAACACUUCGUCCCGACUGAGAUGAGACUCCGGCUGUAACCUUUCAGUACAGGUUCCACAGCACAUCAGUGUUCAUAGUUAAGCUUUCUUGUAAAUACACAAGUCUGGUGUCACAUUCCCUUCGACGUUAACCCUUUAAUGGUCUAAAUACUUGGGUAAAAAUAAGCUGCAUUUAAAUAAUCUUGUUUGGGCUGUAUCUACUCCUUGUUUGACGUGUGUUCAACUUAAAAAUAUUGGUAGAUGGUUUUAAGAAAACUGUUUGGAAGAGGGUUGUGUGCACAAGUAAAAAAAUAUGAAUUGUUUAUUGUUGGUAUAUACACCGAUCAGGCAAAGCAUUAUAACCACCUUCCUAAUAUUGUAUUGAUCCCCCUUUUGCUGCCAAAACAGCCCUGACCCGUCGAGGCAUAGACUCCACUAGACCCCUGAAGGUGUGCUGCUGUGGUAUCUGGCACCAAGAUGUCAGCAGCAGAUCCUUUAACUCCUCCUGUAAGUUGUGAGGUGGGGCCUCCAUGGAUCGGACUUGUUUGUCCAGCACGUCCCACAGAUGCUCGACUGGAUCGAGAUCUGGGGAAUCUGGAGACCGAGUCAACACCUCAACCUCAUUGUCGUGCUCCUCGAUCCAUUCCUGAACCGUUCCGUGCCCAUUGUUGGCGUUUUCGGUGGUGGACAGGGGUCAGCAUGGACAAACAAACUGUGAUGCACUGUGUAUGUGUAUUCUGACACCUUUCUAUCAGAACCAGCAUUCACUUCUUCAGCAGUUUGAGCUACAGUAGGUUCGAACCCACACUGUUCCUUCCUUGGAGCACUUUUGAUCGAUACUGACCACUGCAGACCGGGAACACCAUAAGAGCUGCAGUUUUGGAGAUGCUCUGACCCAGUCGUCUAGCCAUCACAGUUUGGUCCUCGUCAAACUCACUCAAAUCCUCAAGCUCGUUCAUUUUUCCUGCUUCUAACAUCGACUCUGAGGAUAAAAUGUUCACUCGCUGCCUAAUAUAUCCCACCCACUAACAGGUGCCGUGAUGAAGAGAUAAUCAGUGUUGUUCACUUCACCUGUCAGUGGUUAUAAUGUUAUGCCUGAUCGGUGUAGUCUCAAAAAACAAAGAAAUGCAAAGAAAUCAUUUUUUAAACAUUAUUUCCUUGGCGAGACCGUUAAAGGGUUAAUCCGGGUUUACAGUUUGAAGGUCUAGGACAGCCUUUCUCAACCUGGGUCCUGCUGUUGACAAAAUAAAAUGAAUUAAAAAGACAAAAAUUAAUAGCUACACAAUUUAGCAUGAAAAUGUGUGAGUGUUUGCAGCCUCGUAUGUUGCCGUAAUUUCUUACACGCCCCUGUGUUUUUCGCACUGUCAGCACCGGGGUCGGCGUAUGAAUAGCCAAAACGUGUGGGUUUUCAUUCCCCCUAAACCACACCAUGCAUUACAAACUCAUCUCGAAUCUCGGCCCUGCUACCGGGCGACUGGGCGCCAUCUAGCAGGCACAAUUAACUAAUACCCGCAGCAGACAAAAUUGGCUUCCAGUCUGCUGGGUGAGAAAGACCGGACUAAGGUGGAGUUAUGAACGCUGUCUAAGGACCUUGGUUGCCCGAAGUGCCCGUACAGAAAGUGGAGGAGCUUAGAGAUCGGGGCGUGGCUCUCCGCAUGUGAAGCCGGCCUCGCACGCAAAGUAUGGGAGAUAAAGAAGGGAUCGGAUCGAUGGACUGCACACACAUCGGGGGGGGAGUGUGUGUCAGGCAAAUAUACACCCUCCUUGGAUGCCGUCAGGGUCCCCAACAGUGGAUUGGUUACGCUAAAUUGGGAGAAAAAGGGGUUAGUGGUCAAGGAACUGGACGGGUACUCAGAAGGUUGCUGGUUUAAGCCUCGCCAUCAUCCACGUUGAUACUGUUGGAACCUCGAGCAAGGCUCUUGAUUCCUUGCUUUCACUUACAAUCAUCAUGCUUUGGAUAAAAGUGUCUUCUAAAUCAAUGUGUUUCAAACCCUGGGUCGCAAGCCAAAAACAAUGGCUCGCUUGUGAAGGCUUUAGGUUACAUCUUGUAAACCACAGUGGGACCAGAUUGUACGGAGCAGAGAGAGAGUAAGAUGCGUUGUUUGUGUUUCCUGAGUCGUGCAAAAAAUCAUGGACAAAAUGUGGGUCGUUUGAAAAACCCUGAUCUAGUGGUUGCAUGUGUCAUCUCAGGCUCAGGUUUCCCACUUUACCUUCUUUUAAUAAGUGUGUGUGUGUGUGUUGCCGUCAGAAUGUGAUGCAGAAUGUACGUUUUUUUUAAUACAUUUUAGUCUGUGGUAAGCCGAGAGUUUUUGCAUCUUAAAGGGCGCAGCGACUAAAAAAAGGUUGAGAAACGCUGACCUGGGAUAACGAGUCGUGUAAAUAAUUUAACAUCCUGUAUGUUUAGCUACUGUAGCAAUAAUAUAAUCUCCUUAUCACGUAAUCGGAUGUUUUACUGUGUAUGUCCCUGCUAUUAUGUAUUAGACACGAUGGGAUGGUUCUUCAUCUCAUUCUCUUCACUCAGAAACCAGAGCUGGAACCUAGAAGACAGGUGAGUGUGAUCGAGAUCUAAUUCUGAAAACCAUUUGGAAAUAGUCCAUGACCUUUAGAAGUGCAGGCAGGGCAACAAUCCUUCUAUUAAAUUACAAUUUAUACCCGA